AUGUACCAACAUAUCCUGGCCUUGGCAUUUGCCAGGAAAGAGAUAAAUGAACAUCUGAAAAUCUUACCUAAUAUCACUUUGGGUUUCCACAUACUCAACAGCUACUACAUUGCAAGGAUGACCUAUAAGGCCAUUCUGAGCUUGCUUUCUACACACCAGAGAUUUGUCCCCAACUUUUUAUGUGACAAUCAGGAGACCAUUGUUGCUGUUAUUGGAGGACUUGUGACUGAAGUGUCUGCCAUUAUGACCAUCAUUGCAAAUCCAUACAAGAUUCCACAGCUCACAUAUGGGUCAUUCUCUCCACCACAUGGUGACAAAACACUAUUCCCAUGUUUGUACCAGAUGGUCCCAGAUGAAGUUCAUCAGUAUGUUGGGUGUGUACAGUUAUUUCAAUAUUUUGGAUGGACAUGGGUUGGACUUUUGGCCGCGGAUGAUGAUUAUGGGGACAUGUUUUUGCAGACAGUGGUGCCCCUGUUUACCCAGAAUGGCAUCUGUUAUGCAUUCAUACUUCAAACACCAAAACGGACAUAUAUAGAGGAAUAUACAGGUUUGAUUUUAAAACUGCUAGAAAAUUAUCAUGUUCUUUUGGAAAGAAAAGCCAAUGUAUGUUUUGUACACGGAGAACCCCCAUCUUGGCAUAAUUUGAGAAUGUUGCUGUUUAUUGUCCCUUUCUAUAAUUUGCCACUCCUGGCUAAAGUGUGGAUUGUAACAUCCCAAUGGGAUUUUGAAUCUCUGUCUAUUCAAAAAUUGUGGGAUAUACAAAAUUUCCAUGGUGCCAUAUCCUUCACAAUUCACUCAAAGCAGCCGCCUGGAUUCCAAAAAUUUAUUCACACCAUAAAGCCUUCCUGGGCAAAAGGAGAUAACUUCUUCCAGAAUUUCUGGGAGCAGGCAUUCAACUGUCCAUUUAAACCAUCCAAAAUGAAGGAAGACAAGAAGGAAUGGUGCACUGGAGAAGAGAAACUGGAGAGCCUUCCUAGUACUUUGUUUGAAAUGAACAUGAUGGGUCACAGUUACAAUGUCUACAAUGGUGUCUAUGCUGUGGUACAUGCUUUGCAUGCUGCAUAUCUAUCCAGAUCCAACUAUAAAAGAUUAACAGAAAGAGAAAAUGUUGGAUUCCAUAAUAUAAAGCCAUGGCAGCUCCAUCAUUUCCUAAGGAGGAUCUCAUUCAACAAUAGUGCUGGAGAUACUGUGAGUUUUGAUCAAAAUGGAUAUUUUAUAGCAGGCUUCGAUAUUACCAACUGGGUGGCUUUCCCAAAUAACUCUUUUGUCAGAGUAAAUGUUGGAAGACUGGAACCCCAUGCCCUUCCAGGCAAAAUGUUGACCAUCAAUGAUGAUAAAAUUGUGUGGCCCAGACAUUUUAAUGAGAUGCUGCCACUUUCUGUGUGUAAUGAUCAUUGUUAUCCUGGCCACAGCAAGAGAAAGAAAGAGAGAGAGAAAUUUUGCUGCUAUGACUGUAUUCCAUGCCCUAAAGGAAUGAUCUCUAAUCAGAAGGAUAUGGCUACCUGCAUCAAAUGUCCAAAUGGCCAGUAUCCCAACAAGAAUAAAAAUCAAUGCAUUCCUCUAGUCCUGACCUAUCUUUCUUAUGAAGAACCAUUAGGAAUAAUCUCUAUUAUAUUGGUUUUUUCAUUCUCAUUGAUCACAAUUUUUGUGCUUAGAACCUUUUGGAAACACCGGGAUACUCCCAUAGUCAAAGCUAACAAUAAGAGCCUCACCUACAUUCUUCUCAUCUCUCUUCUUCUUUGCUUUCUGUGCUGUUUGCUGUUCAUUGGAAAACCCAAAAAGAUCACCUGCCAUCUGCAACACACAGCCUUUAGUGUUGCAUUCUCAGUGGCCCUUUCCUCUCUGUUGGCAAAAACCAUCACUGUGGUUCUGGCAUUUAUGGCUACCAAACCAGGAUCCAGGAUGCAGAAAUGGAUGCAGAAAAGACUGGUGAACUCUAUUGUUCUUUUUGGCUCCUUAAUUCAAGCAAGUGUUUGCAUUAUUUGGCUCAGUACUUUCCCUCCAUUUCCAGAUGUGGACAUGCAUUCACUUGAUGGAAUAAUCAUACUGAAAUGUAAUGAGGGCUCAGAUUUCAUGUUUUACUGUGCCUUGGGCUAUUUAGGCUUCCUGGCCCUUGUUUGUUUCACUGUGGCUUUCCUAGCCAGGAAGUUACCUGACAAUUUCAACGAAGCUAAAUUUAUCACUUUCAGCAUGUUGGUGUUUUUUAGUGUUUGGUUGUCCUUUGUCCCAACUUACCAUAGCACAAAGGGGAAGCAUAUGGUGGCUGUGGAGAUCUUCUCCAUUCUGUCCUCUGGUGCUGGUUUAUUGGGUUCUAUUUUCCCUCCAAAAUUAUACAUUAUAAUAAUGAGGCCUGAGCUAAACAGCAAAGAAAUUUUAUUAAGGAAAGAAAGGUUCUUUGGGACCUCCUUUGAGAUGCCUAUCAUGGUACCUCCAGCUACAAGAAAACAGCUAGAUGUGUCCCCACUGAUCCCCCUGCUCUUUGGUGGCAUGGAAAUGGUUGUCGAUAGAUAUGCUGGAUCCCUUUAA